GCGAGCCAAUUCACCGGGUCCCAUCACCAUGCUCCUGGCUCUCCAGCUCACACUUCUGUCCUCUCUUAUACUCAUCAGAUGGGGUGGCUGCGAGAAACUCUUUCAUAUCCGUGAUCACUCAGAUAUACUGUCCAUCUCAGAACAACAGGCGAGUCCCAUCCUGGAUCAGAAGGCAGCUCAGAAAUACUUGGCUAAAUAUGGGUGGACAGAGCAAGUGAACUGGGAUAAUAAUGAGGACCAGAACAGUGCAGAUGAGCAUCCAGCUCCUAAAGAGCUACUGGAUAUCCUCCAAGAGGGAUCUUCAUUGUCCAGACAAGUGGGAAACACUCAGACGGAGCCAACUAAAAGCAUUGUCUACGUACAGGCUUUGAAAGAGUUCCAAGAGGUCAAUGGCUUACCUAUGACAGGAAAACUGGAUGAAGCAACUAAGGAUGCUAUGAACAAGCCACGAUGUGGGGUUCCAGAUAAGAAAGUUCUGCUCAAUGAUACAUCCAACUUCAACCAGACCACUCACUUAAACAGCACCACAGAUAAUGGUGAUGGAGGUACCAAUGCGACUGUAAAUUCCAAAGAGCGGAAGAAACGUUUUUUGCAGUUACUGCUUUCUCCCAGACAGGAACAAACAGGUGGAUCCUUUUUGCAGAGCAGAGCCUUUUCCAAAUCAAAGCUCACAUGGCGCCUAAUGGGAGAAGGUUACAGCAGACAACUCUCCAUCGAAGACCAAAGAUAUAUGCUAAGGUUGGCUUUUAGGAUGUGGAGUGAGGUUACGCCUAUAGAGUUCGAAGAGGAGGUCACUUCCCCUGCCUCAAUGAUUGACAUCCGACUAGGCUUUGGGACAGGUCGACAUUUGGGCUGCACUCGGGCAUUUGAUGGCAAUGGACAGGAGUUUGCUCACGCCUGGCAACUGGGUGACAUUCAUUUUGAUGAUGAUGAUCAAUUUACAACUCUAAACAAUCCAAAUGGGAUUAGCCUGCUGAAAGUGGCUGUCCAUGAAAUAGGUCACGUGCUGGGUUUACCUCACACCUACAGAACUGGUUCAGUAAUGCAGUCCAGCUACAUCCCACACGAAGUCGGCUUUGAGCUGGAUUGGCUCGAUAGGAAAGCUGUUCAGCAACUUUAUGGUGUUUGUGAAGGUCCCUUUGAUACAAUAUUUGACUGGAUUCGCAAAGAAAGAAAUCAAUAUGGUGAACUGGUGGUUCAAUUUAACACCUAUUUCUUCAGAAAUGGCUGGUACUGGCUGUACGAGAACCGCAAUAACCGGACACGCUAUGGAGAUCCAAUUGCUCUCUCAGUUGGAUGGCGUGGAAUUUCAUAUGAGGGGAUUGACGCCUUUGUACACAUUUGGACAUGGACAAAAUAUGCCACCUACUUUUUCAAAGGGACUCAGUAUUGGAGAUAUGAUAAUGAAAAUGAUAUUGCGUAUACUGCAGAUGCAAAGGGAAAGAGAUAUCCUAAGUUAAUUUCUGAAGGCUUUCCAGGUGUCCCAAGUCCAAUUGAUACAGCUUUUUACGAUAGAAGAGACCAACACAUCUACUUCUUCAAAGAUUCAAAUGUGAUUGCUUUCAAUGUAAAUACUAAACAGGUCAAUGGUUAUCCCAAAAGAAUUGUAGAUGUCUUUCCAGGAGUGGUGCUGGAUGAUCACCCCAUCAGCAAUCUGAAUGCUGUGUAUUACUCAUACAAGUAUCAAUCCAUCUUUUUCUUCAAAAAUAAUUUCUUCUGGAAAGUGGUCAAUGAGAGAGAUAAACAGCGGAAUCCAUCACUGCCAUACAAUGGAUUGUUUCCCAAAAGAAAGAUAGGAGAUCAAUGGUUUGAUAUUUGUAAUGUUCACUCUUCAGUUCUGGAAAUGAACUAAAUAUGCUUAGAGACUUCUGACAACAAACUGGAAGCUGAAGUGAAAAAAUAAACUGCUUGUAAACCAGAGUUAAUAUAAUGCAUGACAAAGGCCGGAUAGACUAUAGAUUGGCCUACUUUUUAAACUUGUAUGACAACGGUUCUACUAGCCUGCAAAUAUGAUUGUCUUGCUUUUUAAACAAUGCUACAAACUUUAACCCCAACUGUGGUAAUAGUUUCUUAUUUGCUAAAUAUUAAUAUUUGACCAGGGCGGACCUAAAAAUCUAUUUAUUUCUUGAUAUAGUUAAGACAGUUUGGGAAAAAAUCUGAUUUUCCACUAACAGACACAAGUAGAACUAUUCAGCAUAUUUCUCCACCAUUGAAAUACAACAUUUUUCAACUGACCUUUGUACAAUAUCUGCACUUAUUGUUUUAGAUUAUGUCUUUGCUUAGUUCUGUGUAUGCAAAAAUAUUGAUUGACAAAUAGAACAUAAUCUCAAUCUUUGUUUUUAUAUUUGUAUUAAAUAUUUUAUUUUUAAAAAAACAUGUAGCUUUGACUGAGGAUAAACCUU